AUGAUUAAAAGUUAUAUCUUUGGCGGUUUUUGUACUUCUGGUCUUCAGCAUCUUCCUAAUCAAUAGGAAAUAUUGGUUCAAAUGUUUUCUUUUCAGUUUUUGCUCGACUGUCACUUGUUUAUGUCAUUCCGUCUGCGACCAUACUUCAGUACUCCGUCAGAAAAGUGUCGCUGUCUGAUGUGGAGAAAUACAUCAAGUCAGUUGAAAGAGUUAUCACCCACACUAAGCUUGACUCUGAGCCUGGAUACAAAGUGGAAUGA